AUGACUAAAAGCAACAUUUCUUCAUCUGAAUGCGUUGCACGCCACGAAAAUUUGCGAGACUUCGAAGAUAGUAUGGUUUCCAAAAGCGAUAACUUUCAGCAAGUUCAAUACUCGAAAAGCAGAUUUUCCUAUACCCAGGUGGAUAUGUUCAAGGUGCGUAUCGUACCAAGUGGCACAGAGAAAACAUCCAAACGCCACUGUUACGGUUCCUUGAUUGGGCCAAAAUUUGUGAUCAGCUCGGCCAGUUGCUUGAAACAACACGAAGGUCAAACCUAUGAGGUGGAGAUGGGACAACUGUACAGCUACCAAAAAGAUGAGGGAUAUCGAGCCAUAGUUGCCGCGCUAAAGGUACAUUAUCAUCCGGAAUUCGAUGCGUUGACCUCUGCGAACGAUGUAGCACUAGUGGAAUUGGUAUCGUCUGUCCAUAACUUUUCCAAAAACUAUGUUCCUGCCUGCAUCUGGACACAUGAGAAGCUUCCAGUUGAUUUGUUCCAAAUCAAUGGGUAUACACCUUUCAACGAAAAUGAUGAUUUAGCCACCAGAACCCAACAAAAGUACGUGACCGCUGGUGUGUACGACGAAUGUGUCGAUAAACUGGAAUCGAACCAGUUCUGUGCCGGAUUUCCCACCGCACUGCCACCGAAUACCUGCCACAACAGUAUUGGGUCAGCAAUGUCACGGUCGCUGUAUACGUUCGAUCGCUUCUACGAGUAUAUCUUUGCUAUCAAUAGCAAAGGAGAGAACUGUGGUUUUAACUGGCCAACCAUAUUCACCAAGAUCACACCGUAUAUUCAGUGGAUUGAUAGUGUGAUUUUUGCACCAAAAGAUGGUACGAAAGGUACCUGUGUCUAUCUGAAGCAGUGUCCUAAGUUGAACAAGGAAGCGCAGGAAGGAAACAGCAUAGUAGCGUCAUCGUCGUGUUCGUACGGGAAGCAUAGCGAGUUAGUAGUGUGCUGUUCUGAUGAGAGUUACCUGCGUGAAGAAUCACAGCGACCACAGCUAGUGGCGGCGGUUGAAGAGCUCGAGAACUGUCCCAAUCUGUACCAUGAGUUCAGAGGCAACAAAUCACCCUACAGGAUAGACAAUUUUCCAACCUAUCCGUAUUUGGUUCGCAUUGAUGACGGCGAGAAUCGCUCAUGCAACGGAACGAUCGUUUCGAAACAGUUCAUCCUCACUACGGCUGGUUGUUAUCAGAAUCUUGGGCACGAAAAUGUUACGAUCGUUGCUGGAAACACCACUCGUCAGAGGCUCGCCGUAAAGGAUACAUUUGUUCAUCCCGAGUAUACAAACGAUUCUACGGAGUACAAUCUAGUGUUGCUUAGACUGAAGAAACCGCUAUCAAUCGAUAACGAAACGAUCCCUGCUUGCCUGUGGAACAACCAGUCUCAUACACCAUUGCGACUGGAGGAAGUGUACAGUAACCCUAACUCCACUCAUCAAUACUACUAUCCACUGUUCUCGAAAGAGUGCGAACGGAAGCAUAACACGACUGUGAAGGCACAUCAUUUAUGCGUCGAGCAAGAUCUUAUGUUCUAUCAAGAUCGACGAUCCGUGAUGCAAGAUGCUGGCAAUGGACUGGUAAGCCACUUUGCGCAGGGUGUGAACGAAUACAAGGUGACAUACCUGGUGGGUUUGUAUGCAGAGGCGGGUCAUUCGUUUGAAGAUGCUUCCGAUUCCGAUUAUAUCAAACCUUCAACCUACACUGUAUAUCAACGAAUCAGCGAGUACUAUAAUUGGAUUAGAAACGUGAUACUAAUAUCAAUGCAGGAGGCAUAA